AUGACUAUUGACAACCAAGUUGGACUUGAUGGGCAAAACAUGGUUGCUCCCAUUGAUGGAACCAUUGGAGGUGGUGCUCUUGGAAAUGGAAAUGGGUUAAGUGAGUCGACGCCCCAAUUUGGGAGUGGUCAGCCACUUACAAACCCUUCAAUGCCUGGCGCUGUAAGCGUAGGAUUGAUGCCAGAAAAGUUUGGUGGGAAUGGGUUCAAAACUUGGCAACAAAAGAUGCUUUUCUUUUUGACCAAUUUGAACCUUGACAAGUAUCUGAAAGAUGAUGCACCCGUUGUCCCACCAGGGAACACUGAUUCAACCAUUAUGGAUCGGUGGACCCAGUCAGACUUUCUGUGCAAGGGCUGGAUUCUAAGCCGCUUGAUAGACCCAUUGUACAAUGUGUACUGUGAGGCGAAAACCUCCAAGCAACUUUGGUUGGCCUUGGAGAAGAAGUAUAAGUCCGAGGAUGCUGGCUGUCAGAAAUACGCUACGGCGAAAUUUCUCAACUUCAAAAUGGUGGAUUCAAAACCCAUCAUGGAACAAGUUGAAGCCUUGCAAUUGAUUACGCAUGAGAUAGCGCUGAGGAGAAAUGGGAAAGGACAAAUUCCUCCACACUCCUCCACAAGCUUCAAGAAGCAAGCUGAACCAAAGAAGUUCAAAUGGAAGUGCCACAAGUGUGGCAAGAUGGGCCACAAAGCUAAUGUUUGCCGUAGCAAAGCUGGUCCAAGUGAAGACAAAGGGAAGUCUCAGGCUCACCUCACAGAAGAUGACUUGUGUGCUGUGGACAUGUUUAGUACCUAUCAGAAAUGCAACAAUGGAGAACGCCUAUUGAUGGGAAACACUGGUUCUUCCAAGAUUGAGGGUCAUGGCAAAGUGGUGCUGAAGAUGACCUCAGGAAAGGAGAUCACUCUCCAAAAUGUGAAGCAUGUGACAGACAUGAGAAAGAAUCUGAUUUCUGGUACUCUUAUGAGUAAGGCCGGAUUUGCUACCAAUUUCGAGUCUGACAAGCUUGUGCUCAAGAAACAUGGAGUUUAUUUGGGAAAGGGGUAUGUUAAGGAUGGACUUGUCAAAAUGUGUGUCAUGCCAGUCAUCCGAAACUGA